AUGUUUAUUAUAAGAAAUAAGAAUAAUAUCUUUUUGAGUAAAUCUUUCAAAAGAACUACAUACACAUUUUUAAAUAGUAAAAAAUGUAAUAAAAUUGAAAUAAAACAGUUCUUUACAACAUUUGAACUAAGUUCAAGUAAAAUUGAUAAUAAAAUAGAAGACUUUCCUCUAGAAAAUCUAAGGAAAUUUUUAGAAUUAAAAAAAAUAAAUUUAGAAACUUUUAAAAAAUUAGUAAUGAAAAUAAUAUUAAAAGGGGAUGAUACUUCUAUUGAAAAUUUAUUACUGAUGUUAGUGUUAUUUAAUAAAAACUACCCCUAUUUUCAAGAUGAAUUUUCUCAUAAUUAUUACGAUAAAGUUUGUAUGAACAUUAUGAAUAGCAUAAAGUUAAAAAUACAUUACUUAUAUACUAGUAAAAUGUUAAUUCAUACCAUGAACAUUUUAAUUAAUUUAAAGUUAAUUGAUAAUUUUAUAUUAGAUUCAUAUAUGAGUAAAUGCUCUAUCUUCAUAAAAAAUGGUGAAUAUGAAAUAGAUGAUCUUAUAUGUUUUCUUUCUAUUUUUAGCAGAAUAAAUGUUAUGAAACAGGAUUUCAAAUUUAAAAAUUUAAAACGGUUUAACUGGCCUUUAAUAAAAAUUAUAUGUGAUAAGUUAACGUUUAAUUUUGAAGAGUUAUUUACUUUACAUAAAGAUAAUACUUAUUCUUAUAAUCUAAAGAAAAAAAUUAGCGAAGAAAUUAAAAUUCUUUCAAAUGAUAUAAAAAAUAAGGAAAAAUUCAAUAAAAAUUUAAAUAAUUAUAAUAAUGGAAUUACAUUGAAGAAAAAAUUAAAAGAUACAUGUAAAUAUGAAAAACACUGUAGUAACAUAGAAAAAGAUAGAGAAAAUAUAAAAAAUGAAAUAUUCAAAAAUAUCAAAAACGAAGAAAGAACUGAAAACAUGAAUAACUCUAUUUUAUAUAAUAAUAAAGACGAUAAUAAUAUAACAUCAUUUAGUAAGGAAAAGACUUUUCUUUUAGAAAUAUUACUUAGUAUUAGUAAAAGCUUACGAGAUUUGAAAUAUAUUCAUUUAAGUUUAUUAAAUGAGGUAGCAUAUAAAUUAAAGAAUGUAUUUCUUCAAUCAGAUGAAAAAUAUAUUGAUAUGGAUUAUAUUUCAGUAAAUAAAAUUUUUUUUAUCAUGCAAUGUUAUUUAUUUUUGCAGUUAGAUUAUCACAUGUUUUAUAAAAGUAUAUUAAAUACCUUCAAAAAUUAUUUACAAUUUUCAAAUAAUUUAAUAGUUUUUUUUUUUUUAUUAGCAAAAAAUAAAUUAUUUCCAUCUAAAACUAUUGAAAUAUUUGAUUCCACAUUUUUAAAAAAUAUAAAUGAUCAAAUUUAUGAUUCAAAUAGUUUAAUCAUUCUUUUAGAAUCAUAUGGACUACAUAAAUAUAGGAAAAAUGAUGUGAUUACAUGCUUGCUAUUUCAUCUAUUUUCACAAAAUAACAACCUUUCAAGAAAGGAUGGAAAUGUUCAUAUUCCUAAUGAGAAACAAAAAAAUUGUAUUAUAAAAGAUACAACUAAUAAUUCUGAUAAUAUAGAUAACUCAAAGAAUAGAAAAAAUGAAAACUGGAUUGAAAAUAAAAAUACAAUAAAUAAUGAAAAACAAUUAACAGAACAAAAAAAUAAGGUUAAAUUAAAAAAUGGGAGUUAUUCUAUAUCCAAUAGUAUCAUAAAUAAAAAAGAUGAAACAAAUAUUAAUAAUAACUUAAUUAAUUUAAAUAAAAUGAUUUAUAAAUCAAAUAUAGAAAUAAAAAAUUCUUAUUUUUAUACAUCCAUUGAUAUAUGUGAUAAAAUAAAAAUACUGUACUGUCUAUUUAAAUUAGAUAUAUACGAAGAAAAAUUAGUUAAGGAUGUAAAUUAUAUCAUAAAUGAAAAGGUAAUACACCUAAUAAGUUAUAAAUUAUUAAUAAAAUUAUUAUUAAGUUUGUGUUACUUUUCCUUUGAAAAUGCACAUAUAUAUAAUUUAAUAAUUAAAAAUUUAAUAAAAUAUGAUAUACUUUUGGAUAAUAUUUAUUUAACUCAAUUAAAAAUAUGUGAAUUAUCAUUGAGAACACAACAUGUACCUAAUGUAUAUAAUUGUUUAAAUGAUGAAUGUUUAGAAUAUAUAAAUUGUAUUAAAAACAAGGAAAAAACUGUAGAAUAUCAUAUUAAGUCAGAUUUACAAAAAAAUGUAAAAAAUAUUCUUUUAACUUUUAAUUUAAAUAUGUCAGAGGAAGUACCUAUUGGUCCUUAUAAUAUUGAUUUUGUUGAAGAAGAUGAAACCAUUUAUAAUAUACCAAAAAAUUAUCUCAUUAGCAAAGAUAAAAGAAUGUCGAAAACUGAAAAUUUCUCUAAUUUUACAAAUAUAUCUAAUAAAAGCAACAAUGUAAGCAUAAGUAAUGAAGAAUCAAAUCAGCGUUACAUAAAAAAAAAUAAUAUCUUGAAUAAAGAAAUUACUAACUUUAGUAAUGAAACAAAAAAUUGCAAAAAUAAAAAAAAAUUAAUAAUAGAAGUUAACGGAGAAAAUCAUUUUUAUAGAAAUACCAAGUGUUAUACUUCAUUAUCAAAGCUAAAACACAAAUUGCUAAAUGAUUUAGGAUAUGUAGUUAUUACUAUACCUUAUUAUGAUUGGGGAUUAUUAAAAACAGAUCUAGAUAAAAAAGCAUAUAUAAAAAAAUUAAUAUCUAGCAAUUCUACCUUUAAUCUAAGAAGUAUAUUACCCCUUAGUCAAAAAAAUGAUACUACCUUGAAAAAAAGUGAGUUAUCAAAAAUUAAAGAAUCUAUCCAACAGUGCGAAAAAAAGACAAAAUUUUUAAGUGAUAUUGAAGAUUUAAGAAAAAAAAAUAAAUUAAAAUUUUUAAAAAAAAAAAGUAAACAUAUAUAA